AUCAACAUGUCUGUCCAUUGAGAUCUACAGAUCAAGGCCUACUGGUUGUUACUUCGCGUGCACAGGUACAUCUGAUGGCAACCAGGGACAGGGGCAUUUCUCUUGUGGCGUCCUACUCCUUGAGUUCUCUUUCCCCUGCAUCCUUGAUGGUGUUUAAUCAGGUUCCCCAUUAGAAGAAGCCAGACAACAGGCCAUUUUAUUCCAUGCAUCAAGCUGAUCAUGAUUGUUCUCAAGUGGUGUUUUCUCUCUCUCUAAAAGCUGCAUCCCGUAUUGAUAAAACCUUCAGCAGCUGUUGACUAGUUGUCUGAGGCUACUUCCUCAAUUUUGAAGCUUUUUCCAUGGCAGCUUUAUGCAUAUGCCAGGUCCCAUUAGCAGCAUUUUGGUGGGCCGUUUUGGUAGCCGACCGGUGGUCAUAUUCGGAGGUCUGCUAUGUGGCAUAGGGAUGGUUUCUGCAGCAUUCUGCACAAGCAUUUUUCAACUGUACAUUUGUGCUGGACUCAUCACAGGACUUGGCCUUGCCCUCAACCUCCAACCUUCAGUGAUCAUCAUUGGAAAGUACUUCCUGAAAAGACGGCCAAUAGCCAACGGCCUUGCCAUGGCAGGAAGCCCUGUCAUGCUUUGCACCCUUGCACCCUUGAAUCAGCUCCUUUUUGACUACUUUGGAUGGAGAGGAAGCUUUUUUAUUCUUGGGGCACUUCUACUCAACUGCUGUGUGGCUGGAGCACUCUUCAGGCCCAUUGGACCUACAGCUAGCUCCACUAAGAGGCAAGCUAAAGAGCCUGAUACAGGCAUAGUUGAAAUGGCUGACUGUACAGUCGAAGAGAAGAAGGACAAAGACUGCUGUGAAAACUUUAACAAGUUUCUUGAUUUAUCUCUUUUCAAGCACAGGGGUUUCCUGAUCUACUUGGGAGGGAACGUCCUCAUGUUUCUAGGCUUUUUUGCCCCCAUUGUCUUUUUGGCUCCUUAUGCAAAGCACCUCGGGAUUGAUGAAUAUUCAGCAGCUUUCCUCCUUUCAAUUCUUGCAAUAGUUGAUAUGAUAGCCAGACCAGCUACUGGGAUAAUUGCAAACAGCAAAUGGGUGAGGCCCAAAAUUCAGUAUUUUUUCAGCUUCUCCAUUGCUUUCAAUGGUGCCUGCCACCUCCUGUGCCCCUUAGCAACAGGCUAUUUGGGCCUAGUUGUGUAUUCUGUCUUUUAUGGACUGGCCUUUGGUAUGGUUUGUGCGAUGCUGUUUGAAACUCUUAUGGACCUCGUUGGUGCCAGCCGCUUCACAAGUGCCGUAGGAUUGGUCACCAUAGUGGAAUGUUUUACCAUAUUACUUGGGCCACCCAUUGGGGGAACUCUUAUUGACAGGUUUGGGGACUACAAAUACAUGUUCAUUAAAUGCGGGUCAGUGAUGGUCUUGGCUGGGAUAUUCCUCUUCAUUAUGAAUUACUACAACUACCGAAUGCUUGCAAAAGAAGAGAAGGAAAGGAAAAGGCAUGAAAUGGAAAAGAAGGAUGAUGGAGCCGUUAGAAUACAAACCUUUCCUGACAAAGGAGAUGCCACGAACACAGAAAAAAUGCAGGGUGGCCAUGAAAAGGUCCCUCUGAAAAGUGAGGAGGAUGGACUACAGAAUGGGAACUCUCAGUGGCUGCUAAGCUGAACAUGGUUGCCCUGUGCUGCUGGUAAUCUGGUACAGAGAAAUAGGAAUGUCAGAGAAAUCUGCAACGAAACCACAUGAGCUUGGAUUUUUAUGAAUCUGACCCAUGGAUUCCACAAUGGACUGGCUCCUCUCUCAUCCAGCAGGUUCUACGGACUUAUGGAAUGUUUUUUUAACCUUUGGUACUUUUGCGCAAAUUUCAUCAUUGAAAAAUGUGCCCAAACCAACAACCACAACCCAGCCAAAAAUACCCCCAUAGGCUAACAUGUGAAAAUGCACAUUUUGGGGGGGGAUUUGUGCAUUUUCACAUGUGCAAAUUAGGGCAAAUUCCCAUUUGCGCAAAGUUGGAAACAAUAUAUAUUAUAUAUCCUUUUUUGUCAAUGGAUGGACAGUGGAACGAAAAGCGUCUAACAAACCACAAAACACAGAACAGAUUUUACACAAUCCAUACAUCCCUACACUGAACGAGACCUGCCCUUAAGUUACAGGAGAUAACCUGAAGAGCUAAGUUUCACCAUUAACACCAUUUUCAGAUCUGGACCCAGGGUUGCGCCCCUUGCUUUCAACAGAAGGGGUUUCUUGAUCUAAGCUUAUGAGACCUUAAUGUUAGGAACUUGCAAAGAAUGACCAAUGUACAGCUCCAGUCGUUAAGUUGUACUAUCCAUCACUUCUGUUGACUUUGUACUUUAUACAUUUUCUAAAAUUAAAAUGAAUUUGUUUCCUAAUACAAGGGUUACUAGGUUUUCUUCUGUUGUCUGUAAGAGGCCUGACUUUCUGUGAAUUUUAGUUAGGGCCAGGCUUGGAUAACUGCUAGAUAGUUUAGUUAAUCUUUUAUUUUGAAGGAGAGUCUUCACUUGCCACAGUGAGCUUCUGUGUAACCUGACUUGGGAUCAUCUGUACAAGACACACAACCUAAUCAGUGUCUAUCUACAAAACUUCCCUCCAUUACCAUUUUAUGACUGAAACAAAUUGCAU